CCGUGAUGUGGAGACAGUCAUGUCCUCUUCGAAGCACAGCGAUAAGAGUUUCCUGUACUUCUUCCUGCAUCCUUUCCUGGGCACAGGACUCCUCACGGCCAAUGGCAAGAAGUGGCAGCAGAGACGCAGGAUUCUCACGCCCACUUUCCACUUCAACAUCCUGAAGGAGUUUCUCACAAUCUUCCAUGAGGAGUGUGAAAAGUUCAUUGGCUUGCUUAAAGUGGAAACCACGAAGAGCGAUGGGACAAAUCUUCCUCCUCUGACCAGUCAUUUGACUCUGAACACAGUGUGUGAGACUGCGAUGGGCGUCAAGCUGGAGUCUUACAGUGGCUCCAAGGAGUACAGGAGCUCAAUUCAGAAGCUGGGAGAACUUCUGCUGCACAGAUUCUUGAGGCCUUGGCUGUACAAUGACACAUUGUACACGCUGAGCGGCUACAGGAAGAAGCUGGACGCUCAGCUGGUGCCUGUGCACUCGUUCACCAGGAUGAUCAUCAAGCAGAGACGCGUGCAAUUCCUGGAGUCGCUGCGAGAGCCUGGAAAGGUGCCAGGGCUGGAUGAGAAUGACAACAUUUAUGAGACCAGGAAAAAGAGAUACGCGAUGCUGGACACUCUCUUGGCGGCUGAAGCUGACGGAUUGAUCGAUGCCGAGGGAAUCCGAGAGGAAGUGGACACUUUCACCUUCGAGGGUCACGACACAACCUCAGCUGCCCUGACCUUCAUCUUCCUUCUUCUGGCUCAUCAUCCGGACGUGCAGGAGAAAGUCUAUGAAGAGAUAAAAACAGCCUUGGAGAGCAAUAAUAAUCAACACUUGGCUACAAAUGAGCUCAACGAACUCGAGUACACGUCCAGAGUGAUUAAGGAAUGCCUUCGAAUUUAUCCUCCUGUUCCCUUCAUCACUCGCUCAGUGACUGAGGAUAUGAAGAUCGAGAAUGAGACUAUUCCCGAAGGCUGCAUCGCUCAUAUUCACAUAUUUGAUUUGCAUCGUGAUCCUGAGCAAUUCCCAGAUCCUGAGCGCUUCGAUCCGGAUCGCUUCCUGCCUGAGAAUGUGGAGAACAGACAUCCUUUUGCCUACGUGCCGUUCAGCGCCGGUCCCAGGAAUUGUAUUGGGCAGAAGUUCGCGCUCCUGGAGAUCAAGGCUGUUCUGCAGCACGUCCUGAUGGCGUUCAGGCUCUCGCCGGUGACAACGCGUGAGGAGAUUGAGUUCGUGGGCGAUAUAAUUUUACGCGCGAAAACACCGAUAAAAGUGAAAUUCCAUAUCAGAUAAUUCCCAGUGUUGAGAGGGUCAAAGUCAAGGCUUUGAUAAUGACUCAAUUCAGCUCAUAUGCGAAAUUCAGAGAGAAUAGAUGGGUCAAUAAAUGUAUUGUCUGUGAUCCAGAUAUUCCCGCGGGCGAUUAUCUGAAUUCGUUCGAAUUUAGAUCAAA